AUGGCUGCCCCGCUUCACAGUGCCCCGCCGUUCAGGGCUGAGCACAUGGGAUCGCUUCUGCGCCCAGAAAACCUUCUGGAAGUGCGUGCUACCAUCCGCGACAAGGGCGUCUCGGAGGACGAGGCUGGCCUGCCCGCCGUCGAGAAGGCUGCCGUCGGCGAUGUCGUCAAGCUGCAGCAGGAGCUGGGCCUCAAGGCUGUCAACAGCGGUGAAUUCAACCGCACCCGGUUCUGGGGUCACAUGUGGGAUGAGUUCGAGGGCACCAUCGCCCUCCAGGAGGCCGAGUCCUCCAUGUUCAGGCUGUACCACCCCGAUGUCGUGAGUCUGAUUGAGAAGGACCGCAAGGUCAUGCCCGGCGACUCGGUCAUUGCCGGGUCCAAGCUGUCGCACGACCCCAAGAAGUCGCUCUCCAACCUCCACGAGCUGCAGCUGGUCCAGGCCUUCGUCCCCAAGAGCGAAUGGGGCAACAUCAAGCUCACCAUGAUCACCCCGGCCUGGUUCCACAUGAGGUACAAGCAGGGCAAGGCCUACAGCCCCGAGGCCUACGCCAACGACGCCGAGUACUUCCAGGACGUCGCCAAGGUGUACCAGGCCGAGCUGGACAUGCUGUACAAGGCCGGCCUGCGCAACGUCCAGUUUGACGACCCCGGCAUGGCCUACUUCUGCUCGCAGGCCUUCCGCAAGGGCUGGGAGGAGGACAAGGACAACAUCGGCACCGUCGAGGACCUGCUCGACGCCUACAUCAAGCUCUACAACGACUCCAUCAGCAAGCUGCCCGCCGACUUCCACACCGGCAUCCACCUGUGCCGCGGCAACUUCAUUGGCGGCCGCCACUUUGCCGAGGGCGCCUACGACAUCAUCGCCAAGAAGCUGUUCGAGGACCUCAACGUCAACACCUUCUACCUCGAGUACGACACGGAGCGCGCCGGCGGCUUCGAGCCCCUCAAGUACCUGCCCAAGAACAAGAACGUCGUCAUCGGCGCCAUCAGCACUAAGCUCCGCGAGCUCGAGGACAAGGACGCCGUCAAGGAGCGCGUCCUCAAGGCCGCCGACUUCAUCGCCGAGGGCAGCAACCAGACGCGCGAGGAGGCGCUCAAGCGCGUCUGCAUCAGCCCCCAGUGCGGCUUCUCGACCCAUGAGAGCGGAUACCCGCUGACUCUGGAAAACCAGAAGGCCAAGCUGGCCUUGAUCAGGAAGAUUGCCGACGAGAUUUGGGGAGAGGCUUAA